AUGAUGUCAUGCCUCACAGCCAAUCAGGCCCCAGCUCCCUGGUAACCGGAAGUUACUGAGUGUUACGAAAACACCAAAUAGUCGCAGCGUUCUGUGUCAGCGCCUGUUGAAGAAGUCAUUUAACAGGUGACGUGUUGAAGCUGUUGAUCAGUAUGUUGAAGGCUGUGGGUCAAGCUCUUUUCUCCACGGGACUACAGAAUCCAAAAUUCAUUGUAGUUGAGAAAAAGGCGGAGGACUAUGAGAUUCGGACAUACCAUGCCUGUAAGUGGGUGAGCACCACUGUGAGUGGGACACAGAUGGAUGCAUCCAUCAGUACUGGCUUCCGCAGACUCUUCAACUACAUUCAAGGCAACAACCAAAACAAGGUCAAAGUGGAAAUGACGGCUCCUGUGUCCUCCCUGGUGGAACCUGGAGAAGGACCCGCCUGUGAGUCACGCUUCACAGUGUCCUUCUACCUCCCAGAGGAGCAUCAGGCCAGUCCUCCAGAGCCCAGCAGCCCAGAGGUGUUUGUGGAGCAGAGGAAAGAGUUCACAGCUUAUGUCAGAACAUACAGUGGUUUCUCCAAUGAGAACAUGAAGCGUGAGGAGCUCCUGAAACUCCUGGAGAGCCUACAGAGAGACAGCAUGCCGUAUGUGGACAAGCCAUACUACGUUGCAGGCUACGACAGUCCCUUCAAACUGACCAACCGCAGGAACGAGGUCUGGGUCCUGAAGAAGGACGGAGAGCAGAAGUAGAGGGUUCUGAACCUCACACAGCUGCCAAACCUCAAUGAAAAAAUCUUUUUUAAUUUACUAUAACCAACAUAAUUAUAUUUCUAUAAUUAUAUAUAUUUCUGAAAGGUGUCCAAACAGUGUUGAACAGAGUGUUGUUGCUCAGCCCGUUAUAUUAGCUCAGGGAGAGAAAAGGAAAAAACACAGUGGCUGCAGUAGCUCAAUAAGUCCACCUGACGGCGCCAAUAAACCAAAAGACGCUUCGCUCUUUUGAAGUUUUUAAAAAUAUAUAUUUAAAUGGCAUCAACUGCCGUAACGUGUUGCUUGAUUUCUCAUUAAAUUAAAAAGGGGAGCUUGAAUUCAUAGACAUUUAGAUCUAAAGUCUGGUUACAACGAAACACGAGGAAAAAGAAAAGUAAUUAAUACGUUUGACUGAUCCCACACGUCACCUGCUGACGUCACUGUUCACGUUUAUAAUUACUUUUACUGUUUUGUGAUACAUUUUUUAAUUGUGAUACCUUCAAUAAUAAAUACUAUUUGAUGAAACGU